AUGUCUAACAACUUACCGUUGGAUCCUCAGCUACUCUGGAAACCCAAAAAUGUUUCUGAAACGGCCAUGGACAAGUUUCGACGCGAAAUUAACACGAAAUAUAAACUCAAAAUAGGAAACUACAAAAUGUUGCAGCAAUGGUCUACAGAUAAUAUUUCCGAGUUUUGGGAAACGAUUUGGCAUUACACCAAUACUAUAUAUUCUUCACCAUACAUAGUAGAAUCUAAACCAAUGGACCAGAUUCCGGGAUGGUUUCUCGGGGCGAAACUAAAUUUCGCCGAAAAUUUGCUUUGGUGUCGCGAUCCAAAUAAAAUUGCCCUAAUUUCUACUGGAGAAGGACGCCGAAUUAAGAAGACAACAUACGCUCAAUUGUUUGAUCAAGUACGUCUUGUCGCAUCAGCAAUGCGAAAGGCAGGAUUGCGAAAAGGUGAUAGGGCUGCUGCCUAUAUAACAAAUUGCGAAGAAGCAGUAAUAGCGAUGCUUGCAUCUGCUAGUAUUGGCUGUAUUUGGGCGAGCACUUCUCCUGAUUUUGGUGUUGUUGGUAUACUCGACAGAUUGUUGCAAAUCAAGCCGAAGAUAUUAUUUUCCGUCAACGCCUUAAUUUAUAAUGGAAAGUUGCAUGAUCAUACUUUGAAACUUAAAUCUGUAGUUGAGCAACUUAUUACUGAAGGACUUGAGAAGGUGGUCAUUAUACCUUUUAAUGAUCCAUUGUCCACAUCUUCAAACGAAUUAUCAUUAUCGGAAAUUCCUAAUGCAAUUUCAUGGAUCUCUUUCAUUGAAACUGCUGAUCCAUCUGAGCCAUUAGUUUUUGAACAAUUGCCAUUUGAUCAUCCUAUUUAUAUACUUUUUUCAUCGGGCACCACGGGAAAACCUAAAUGUCUGGUACACCGUGCUGGAGGAGUAUUGCUUCAACAUAAAAAAGAGCAUAUUUUACAUGGUGAUAUGACGGCAAAUUCUGUAUUCUUUUAUUAUACAACAACUGGAUGGAUGAUGUGGAAUUGGUUAGUGGCAGGCUUAUCAAUUGGAUGUACAAUAGUGUUGUAUGAUGGUUCCCCAUCCAGUCCUAGUCCUUCUAUCCUAUGGGAAUUAGCUGAUGAGUUUGGAAUCACAGUUUUUGGCGUUUCAGCAAAAUAUAUCCAAAACCUUCAAGACUUAAAUUAUCAGCCAUAUCGACAUCAUAAUUUAUCGAGUAUUCGUGUGCUUUUAUCUACCGGAUCGCCAUUGAAACCCGAAAGUUAUGAUUUCGUUUAUGAUUCAAUAAAGAAAGAUGUUAUGUUGAGUUCGAUAACAGGUGGAACGGAUCUAUGUUCUUUAUUUGCUGGAGUUAAUGCGGCUCUUCCUGUUUAUCGAGGCGAGAUUCAGAGUGUAUGUUUGGGCAUGAAAAUUGAAGCUUGGGACGGCCAGGAUAAUCCUGUUUUGGCUAAACCCGGUGAUCUAGUAUGCACUCGUCCUUUCCCAUGUAUGCCCGUCUUUUUUUGGAAUGAUCCAGACAACCACAAAUACCGAGCCGCUUAUUUCGACAAUUACUCAUCAGUGUGGUACCACGGAGAUUUUCUAUGGAUAAAUCCUAAUACUGGCGGUUUAGUGAUGCUCGGCCGAUCAGAUGGAACACUUAAUCCGGGUGGAGUUCGAUUUGGAAGUGCAGAAAUCUACAACAUAGUUGAGAGUUUCCCUCAAGUCCAAGAUAGCCUUGUAGUAGGCCAAAAAAUUGGCAACGAUGAACGGGUAGUGUUAUUUCUCAAAAUGGCACCGUCGUCUUUAUCUUCUCAGAAUGAAUUGGAUAAAAAACUUGUGGACGAGAUAAAGACAAAGGUUAGAUUGCAGUUGAGUCCUAGACAUGUACCUGCUUUUAUUUUGCCAAUUAAAGAGAUUCCGUAUACCAUAACCGGGAAGAAAGUGGAGAUUGCAGUGAAACGUAUAAUCUCUGGCGAAAAAUAUAUUCCGUCCGGGACAUUAUCUAAUCCGGAAUCUUUGCAACUAUAUUACGAUAUUCCACAAUUAAAUAACGAGAGCAAUCCAAGUUGUACUAAUAAUGGAGGAAAUAGCCAAAGAGCACAACCAUCUUCGUCAAAUCCAAUUCCAUACACUACCCAACUUGAAACUCAUCCAACCGAAUCAAAUUCUAAACUUAAAGAUACAUCCCCGAAUUCACGCGAAAAUGCAACCGUUACCAUUAAUAUACAGAAUUCCACCAAACGAAUACUAACACCUGAAGAGAUCAGCACGACAUUUCGCAUAAUGGCAUUCCGGAAAUGUGAGCGACAAAUCACUGAAAUUGUUCAAUGGUGUUUUUACUGGAUAGCAAUCGCAACCGUAAUUCUACUGAUUAUGAAUCACGGCUCACCAAUCUCAAAGACGGACGCCGGAUUCGCAUCAACCAAUCAAGAAUACAUUGUCUUGCUAUCUCUUGCCGGCGUCGAAGCAUUAACUCUACUAAUCUGGGCAUUCAUUAGAUUCGCGUAUCCACGAAUAGUGAAAGACGCAAAAUGGUUGAAUACAAUUUGGUGGUGGCGACUGGAGCAAAUUAUCACGGAUAUAGAAGAGAUUAAAGGUGACGCGGUUGGCUGUUUUCGGUAUAUUGCGUGGGAGAGUUAUACGUAUUGGUUUCGAUGGGGAAUGGUGACAUAUGCGGGGGAAGUUGAUGCGCAAGGAAGACCACAUGGUCGAGGCGAAUGGGUGGAUGAUUCUUUUGAUGGUGAAUGUUUGAAAGGUAUUUGGGAACGCGGAGAACCGAUUGGUCCAUUCCAAUCAAGAACAUCAGGAAGUGGUGACGCUUUCUUUUCUGUUCGAGUUGGUUUUGUCAAGAAUAGUAAUAUAGGGUGGGACGAAUGGCGAAUAUUUCCCAAAAUUUAUCGCCCUAGUCUAGAUUUUGGCGUUGCAUCUGUAGAAUGUUCAGUGUCGGGUAAAUACCUAAAACAUCUUCCAAGAGCAACUAUAAUCUCGCAGAUAACACAACGCGACUCUCUCCACCAAGAAGAUAUUGAAAGUAUGGCUUAUUAUAAAAGAUCACCGAUUUUGUAUUGUCAGGGUCAGUUGAAGACAUUUGCCGAAGAAAUGAACUCGGAGAUAAUGUUACCACAGGCGUCGAUUCCUGUUGAACUUGUAAAUGGGAAAUUUGUGAUUUCUGGAUUUUGUCCUGAUGAAGAAACAGUCGAACAAGAUCAAAUUGUUAUACGACGAGCUGUUACCAGUCAAAAUAAUAAAAUUGAAUAUGGACUUGAGAUUAACGGGUGGCGUGCUUCAAAUAGCAAUUUAGCAACGAUUUGCCAAGAAUGCAUAAUUUUUAUUCACGGUUUUAAUUGUCCAUCGAAAUUUGCUAUGGAAACUUUCGGACAAUUUCUUGCACUUGCAGAUCUACCUAGUUAUAUCAAAUCAUUUGUUUUCUCCCCGGCUGGAUCGAAUGCUUUUUGGUAUUGGAAAGCGAAGAAACAAGCAAUGUCUACUGAAGUUGUUAAUGAUUUCAAGACAUUUCUCAAUGAGCUUAAUAAUUCUGGAUUUCGGGUAAUACAUUUAAUAGGACAUUCUUUGGGGUGCGCGUUAAUACUUGAGUACAGUUCAAUAUUUGACAGUAUUUUGAUUAGCCAUGAUCAAACUUUUGUGUCACCUUCCCUUUCCACAAAAGCUGCUUCAUCAGCUUUUGCUACAUCAAAAACGACACUAAUGAAAAUAUCGACGAUAACAUUUCUAAAUCCCGACGUGGAACUCUACAAAUUUUAUCAGCACUACUCUACGCUUUCAAAACACUGUGCACACAUAACAGUUUAUGCUAAUGCGCGAGAUUUUGCUCUUAAAGUCUGUGAAUAUCUUGAUGACGCGCCUUCACUUGGCCGACAUACCAGUGAUCUAAUUUUUGAGAAUGAACUAUUGGAUGUCGAUUUGAUAGAUACAACACAACUAGACGUGAAUAUUCACAAGAUCCGACAUAAUUUCUUUAAUUUAAAUCGAUUAUUGGUAGAUGAUUUGAGGGAUAUUAUUGUGUUAGGCAUGCGAGCGAAGGAACGAAGAGCUCGAUUGAGCAGAAAAGUCAUUGGUUUGAUGAUGAGGCAUGAGAGUGUAGUUUAUACAUUUUUGGUUGCACCGAGUUAUCAUAUAAUGGAACAAGAAACUAUAAUUUCUUCUGAUAAUAGCAUUUAUAGCAGUGAUAACACUAACACUACGGAUGACAGUGAACAACUAACAAGUAGUAGGCGAAGUGGGUGCAAACAACGUAAACCACGUUAUGUGUCAACUUUGCUGCCUAAAAAUAUACGAAUUAGGGAAUUUGAGAACAAAGAUUAUGAAGAAGUGCAUCGAAUUUUUGCGAAUUCCAUGCUGGAUAAUGUCGAAUAUGGACUGCAUUCCCUACUUCAACACCGAUAUUUGAUAAUCCUCUGGAUCUCUAUAACUUACCUAACAAUAAAGAAUCAUGAAGCAGCACCCAUUACGUUGCAUUUGACUAUAUUUCUGGCAUGGGGUUUGUUUCUUUAUGUGAAUUUGCAACGUGCUGUCUCUGGAUAUAUUACUUAUGAAACGAGACGUUCUAUUCAGAAAGGGUUAAUGAAUAUUGAAGAAGUUUAUGGAGGAAGAAUAUCGACCACUAGUAUAAAAAAGUCAAAGAAAUUCUUUGGGUUCUUUGGAAGAGAAAUAAAUUCGGAAUCCAUUGGAAAUGUUGAAUUGUAUAAUAAUGAUCUUUUGUAUAAUGAACAAGGACAGUUUAUUGAACAGUGCAAUAACGAGAAAUUAUCGAGAUUUUGGGUGGUUGUGGAUAAAGAUGCCGGAAACAAAGUUAUUGCGUUCCUGGGUCUAACGACAUGUCCCCCCUCUUCAUCUUCCACCUCUAGCACCUGUUGUUGUAUAAUCGAUAAAACACCUGUUAUUACAUAUCUUUGCGUAUUGAACGAGUAUCGACGACGAGGAAUUGCAACGGCGAUGAUAGAGCAUGCUGUGAAAUUCGUGAAUAGACGAGGUGGAAAACGAAUAGAAGUUGAAUUGUGGACUUGGUGGAAUUCCGCACUUGAAUUGUUCAGCUCGUUUGGAUUCGGGGAAGUGGAAAGAGACAGUCAUGUUCUGUAUGGAACUAUUGAACGUGUGCGGUUGAGAUUGGAUGUUGAAAUGUGGGUGUGGUGGAGAAAGACGAGACAGCAACAACUCCAUCAAGCAAAUGCGGAAUUUUAA